AGAGGUUUACAGCAGAAAUUGUUGGGGGAUUUCAGAUUCGUAUUAUAUAUAUAUAUAGCCAGAGAAAGAAAGAAGCAAAGUGUAAAACCAAUUAGAUGAGAUUUGGAGACAAAGAAAAAGCAGAACCUCACAAUCCGUCCUUUAGAAUGUCUCAUUUCUAAACAGAGAGAAAUACAAAACAACAACAACAACAACAACAACAACAACAGAGAAUCAUCCAGAUCAGAUCAAGAAAAAAAAAUGAGAGGAGGAAGUAUAGAGCCACUAGAUAUAAUUGGAGUUCAAAUUCCAUAUCAUUUCAGAUGUCCAAUUUCAUUAGAAUUAAUGAGUGAUCCAGUUACAGUUAGUACAGGUCAGACAUACGAUAGAUCAAGUAUCGAAUCAUGGAUUGCAACUGGUAAUACUACUUGUCCGGUAACGAGAGUUCCUCUUUCUGAUUUCGUUCUUAUUCCUAAUCAUACACUUCGUCGUUUAAUUCAAAACUGGUGUGUUUCUAAUCGUUCUUUUGGUGUUGAACGUAUACCUACACCCAAACAACCUGCUGAACCUAUUUUAGUUCGUUCUUUAUUAACUCAACUCUCAAACCAGUCAAUCUUGUUCGAAACUCGUCUUUCUGCUAUUCGGAGACUCAGAGGCUUAGCUCGUGACUCCGAUAAAAAUAGAUCUCUUAUUUCGUCUCAUAACCCACAAACUCCUCUUCUUAACAUUUUUUUCUCUGAUUCAGAAAAGAACGAGCUGAUUUAUGAAUCUCUUGCGUUAGUUGUAAUGUUUCAGCUCAGUGAGCCAGAAUGUAAUUCUAUUGCAUCUCAAUCAGAUAGAAUUCAAUUCCUAUCUUCUCUUCUAUCGCAUCCAUCUAUUGAAGUUCGGGUAAAUUCUGCUGCUCUUAUCGAAAUCGUAGCGGCUGGAACUCGGUCGAUAGAUCUACGCAUUCAAAUUGGAAAUGCCGAUGGACUAAUGGAAGGAAUUAUUGGAAUUCUGAAUUAUCCAUUAGCUUAUCCACGGGCGUUAAAGGUUGGAAUUAAAGCUCUCUUUGCGUUAUGUUUAGUUAAACAGAAUCGACAAAAGGCGGUCUUAUCCGGAGCUCCAGAAGCGUUAAUAAAUCGUCUGGCAGAUUUUGAGAAAUGUGAUGCUGAGCGUGCAUUAGCAACGGUCGAAUUAUUAUGCAGAGUCCCCGCCGGUUGCGCUGCAUUUGCGGCACAUGCCUUGACGGUGCCGUUGUUGGUAAAAAUUAUACUGAAGAUAUCUGAUCGUGCAACUGAGUAUGCAGCUGGAGCUUUACUUUCGCUGUGUACCAUUUCAGAAGCGUUACAAAGAGAUGCCGUAGCAGCUGGAAUCGUUACUCAAUUGUUGUUACUUGUUCAGAGUGAUUGUACGAUAAGGGCGAAACGAAAAGCACAAAUGUUGCUUAAAUUAUUAAGGGAUUCAUGGCCAGAUGAUUCCAUUGCUAAUUCUGAUGAUUAUAACUGCAGUGAUGUUGUUCCGUUUUGAGUUAAUUUUAGUCGGAAAAUUUAAUCGAAGAAGCUUAUUUUUUUCUAGAGAAAGUGAGAGAGUUCUAUAAUGAACAAAGGGUACAUAAACAUGUGUAUGUAAUUUAUUUCUGUAUUUAAGAAUUUUUGUUUUGAUGAUUAAAUGGUAGCACAAAAAUAUUAGAACAAGUUUUUGAGGAGUAUUUGUGACAGUCUUGUUUGAGUUAUUAACAAGGGUAUUAAGAACCUAUAA